UAGCACCGGGCAUUCAAUUAACUGCGACCAUCAGAAAAUGGCAGGAUUUACAGUGUUUGUGCAGUUUCUGUUGGUAAACCUAUUGCUGAAUGAAGAGUUUCCAGGAGUGACAUUGCCUUGGCCAUUUUCAGAAGAAUAUUUGACAACAGUUGCUCGUCAGAGUUAUGAGCUAAGAAUGGACCCAUCGGACAUGAUUCCGUUUGAAACAUCUCAUGUAUAUCAGUCGGUUAUAACGAGAUUGUCUGUCGGUCGAGAACUUGAACUUCAAUUGGGUGAUAUUGUUUUUGGAGACAUUGACAGACACUAUGUUAGUCGCUAUCAACGGAUGAUCAGUAAAUGGUACCAGACGCUCAACCUGAAUUCUGCUCAGAUUAUGCUUUUACAAGACCGCCAGUGGAUGCAAAGUUCUGAUUCGACAACACUUUUACCAACACCGGCCUUACAGACAACAUUCGAAUCUUACCCUUUAACGUCGCAUUCAAACCAUGUAGACGCAUCUCAGGUUCAGUCUCCUUCUUGUGAGCCAGUGGAUGGUCAAUCGAGCCAGAACAUACCAGAACAUGCCACGCCUUCCUUAGGGACAAUCUUUGAACAAAAUGCUGAGUCUAGAAGUUCAACUCACAGUCAUCAUUUUCCGAAUGGAGCGUCUGGAGCUUUAAACGUUACACUGCAUCAGUAUAAUUUUAUUAAAAAUGAAACAGACACAUACGAAAACAAUAAUACACUUGAAUCACCCGACUUGCCACAGUAAUCUUUGGAAACAUCUUUAAAUGCCAGGUUCGGAUAAGUCUCAGAUCCAAGUAAUCCCACGAAAAGGCAGUCUGAAGAUCACAAUUAUCAAAAUACUCCAACAGCUGAUAAUUCGCAACACAAUGGAUUAAAUUGGGAAUCUUCGGAGUUUCCAUCUGGAACAUGUACUGUCUCAAGUAGUUCAAGCUCAGGAUCAAGAUCAGUUGACGGCUCUCUAAACCCAGUUGAUAGACAAUCCACACCAGAUGCGGUGCCUCAACAAAAUGCUGUCCAGCAAGAAAUGUCAAUAGCAAACAGUGUACCUAGACAUGACACUGAUACAUUGCUCUCUAGAAUACGCAGAGCGUAUGCGGGAUUACGACAGCACACAGAUGAAACAUUGCCGCAAUCAGUUAGAUUUCCCAGAACAGUGACGGGCCCUAUUGAACAGCCAGAACAAGAAAUUACGAGAACAAGCAUGCGAACUAGACUAAAUGAAAGGGGAACUGGGCUCAAUCAAGUGAGUAGCGAUACAGGUUUUGAGCCGCGAAGGGUUAACCAUUUACAACUAGAGUCGGGCAUUGUCAGAAGAGAUACGAAUUCCAGAAGUUCAACACAUCAAGGGUCUGUUUCGAGCCGAGAUUCAACACAUUCCCAAACACAUGAACAGUUCGAUGUAUCAUUAAGCACAUAUGGAAACUACUGUACCGCACCCAUCAGACCUCUUGAUCAGUAUGAAGAAGUAAGACGGCGAAAAAUUGAAGAAGGCAUUGAUAUCAUAAACAAAGAUGUCAGUAAACGUGUGCUAUACAUAGUGAGCAAGACGAAUAAAAUCUGGACUGCAUUUAAGAAUCAACUUGAUGACAAAGAUUCUGAUUUUCAACGGAUAAAGGACACACAAAAGCGAAGAAUAUUUACUGACAUGAACCGAAAAAUAGAUACCAUACGAACAGUGGAACAAGAUUUAGUUCAGCUUCUAAAGAAAAGGUUAGGAACCCUCAGACAGGGACAGACUAUCCAGCAAUUAUUUGACCAAAUCAUCCAACAUUGUUUGAGGACGUUACAGCAGAUUGUGAGAGAAAUAGAUGAAUAUCUCAACCGAAUAUAAACGAACAGCAACUGGUAGGGUGAAAAUGGCGUGGCUAGAACCAUUUAACAUGUCAACAUGUGCACAUUGAAAUAAGCACUUUAAAUUUGGACAACGUUUAAUUCUUAUAGGUUUGUUAAGUUUGAAAUCUGUAAAAGCAUUUUUCUAGUAAUACUAUCCGUGUACACAUUACGUCUUCUUGUAAUUUUGUAAAUAAAUAUUACUCAUUUACGAUACUUAAUAUGGAUACUCUACUGGCCAUGACUACCAUGUUUGUUCAUUUAUACAACAUUAAACUUAUGCAUUUAGUUCAGAAAUGAUAUCGUUGUGUAUUGCUCC